AAAAGGUUUUUUGGUUGGUGAAGAAAUUUACUGACUAAAUCCUUGAUUAUUUAAAAUUAGAAAAAUAUUUCUUUAUUCAAAUAUUUUAUUGGUCAGAAAUAUUUAUUCAUAAAACCACGCUGAAGACAUUUGAUCACAAUCUUCAGAAUCAAGCUCCGUCACAUCUGGAGAUGAAUAAAUACAUUUAGAAGAGUUUAGAAUAAAAUCAAAGUAAAACAAAACUUUUAUUCCUUUUUAAAUUGAGAAUGUGUUAUAGGCUGGAGUUUCCACCUCGACCACCAGGAGGCGGUACAGCUCUGACUGCUGAAUGGAGGUGGUGUUGGCAGAAAGGUGCAGCAGCUCCUGUUUUAAAGCAUCUUUUCUGUCAGACUUCAUGUUCAGGACGUUUAAUGAGGGUGAAAACCUUCAGUUUACAGAAGAAUCCACUGGGAGACGGUGACACACAUCUACCAGAUCGUCCUGCACUAAGCCUCUUACUGUAAUGCAGCUCCUGCUGAGGCGGCAGGACCCAGUUCCCUCUGCCUUCCAGCUCCUCAGAACCUCUUCAGCUGAGUCCAGGAUGGUGUGUGGAGACGUGGUGGCCGUGUGGGAGGUGGCUCUGAGCGACGGCGUCUACAGGAUCGAGUUCGCUCAUGGCACCACCACAGGGAAACGGGUCGUUUAUGUCAACGGGACGGAGGUCCUCAGGAAAGACUGGAUGUUCAAGCUGGUUGGGAAGGAGACCUUCAUGCUCGGCAGAGCUGACACCAAAGCCACCAUCAACAUAGAGGCCAUCAGCGGCUUCACCUACGAGUACUCGCUUAACGUGGACGGGAAGAGUCUACAGAAGUUCAUUGACAACAGAGCCAAGACCACCAAGACGUGGGUGGUCCAGGUGGACGGGACAGACUACAGGGUGGUCCUGGAGAAGGACACCAUGGAUGUUUGGUGCAACGGGCAGAAAAUGGACACAACGGGAGAGUUUGUGGACGACGGCACAGAGACCCACUUCCUUGUGGGUGAACACGACUGCUGCAUCAAGGCGAUGAGCUGUGGGAAGAAGAAGAACGGGAUUGUCCACUGCCUGCUGCUGGAUGGAGAGAAGGUUCCUGCUCCCACACAGUAGAGCUGGAGGUCCAGGUUCAAGGAGCCGCCUUCAUGCAGCUCCAUGGGAUGACGAGGGACACAUUGUUGGUUUUUUAUUCUAGGUUAUUUUAAUUUUUAUUCUCCUAAAAACAGCAAAUAAAGUCUGAAAGGUGCAGAAUCUA